AUGAAAGGGUACACUAUUGGUGGUCCCUUGCUGGGAGAUCGCCACCAGCUUCAUGAAAAUGACUUGGUCUCUUGGAAGUACUUCGAACCAACAAUCUCUCCGAUGAUUCCUCUAGAGAAGAAUAAAAAACAGCGUUUCAUUUUGCUACCACAUCAACACUAUAUAUCCGUUCUAGCUUACAAUACAGGGGCUAUUAUCGCCUAUCUAGUACCUCAGCUUGAAAAUCGCUUCGAAGAUGACGACGUUCGUAUCGAAAGCGUCUGCUUGGUCAAACAAGCGAAGAAUGCCAAAGUGAGAAUGCAAAAUAUUUUGGACGAGAUGGACGAGGACGAGAGUGAAGAUGAUGAUGCCGAGAGUCGCCAAGAAAGUAGCGAAGAGUUCAUCGUCAUGGCAGGAUGCUCAGAUGGUACAAUAAGGGAAUUCAACCUUGCAAACUUGGGGGCAUUGCAAAAUUCUGGCGCAGUAAAAUGUGGACGAUACCACAUCAACGGGCCAUGCUGUUAUGCUCGACGUGUCAUUCACGUGACCAAGAAGGAGCCUAUCAUCCAGAUUGCCUCCCCUGCAACAUGUAAUCAUCAGCAUGGAAUCUUGGCAUAUGUUGUAUCUAGAACGAAAAACUUAGAGCAGGCUGAGCUGGAGGAUACGAAUGCUGUCUCGAAUGUCAACGUUGCUGUCUUGCGAGUAGUGAUACCACACUUUGACGGAACUGCAAGCGUGUCGCUUGUGUCAAAGACUGCAGACGAUAUUCAAAGAAAAAAGCAUAUUGACAGCAUCAAGUGCCGUGUUGGCCGCGACAAGACGAACAAAUUCUUGAACACGACUCCAUUCCGGCUGUUGGCAGUAUCAAGGGAGAAACCAAACAAGGGAACGUCGAUGGACGCCGUGUUUGUGGUUCUUGCCAGAGCGAAUACCAUUCAUAUCUACUAUGAGCAACUUCAUUCAGAUAAGCGCUUCUCUCCUAUAUCAUUGCCGAUGUCGGCCACGAACCCGUUGUCCUCCAUCAGUGUCGCGAAAAACAAUACUGACAUUGCUUGUGGACAUAUGAAAGGCCAAAUAAAGAUUUUGAAUGAUGUCUUGAAUAACUUGGAAAGCCAUAAUCUUGCCCUGGCAGAAACAGACAACCUCAUUAGGCCAGAUGGUACACCAAUGGCUUCCAAACCAACCGACCCACGAAAACAGUUGAUUACAUCAAAAGUCCAUUGGCAUGCACAUCCCGUGACUUCCAUUACCUACUCAGCCAAUAGCUCUCCGGUCGACCCCAUUCUUUAUAGUGGAGGAGAAGAAAGCGUACUAGUUACAUGGCAACCCUCAAGAGGAACAGACAAACCCGUUGACAUGCUCCCACGGCUUGCAAUGGGAGGCAUUGUACAUGUGGUAUGCGCACAUUCAAUCGACUCCGAUCCAGCAAAUGGAAUCUUGGUUUACUGUGAAGACAAUUCACUUCAGCUUUUCGAAUCACAUAGCAAAGGAAAGAAAUGGAAGUUGCAAGGGUUGGCGUGUAAGAAAAUGGAUGAAGAUGCAAGAUGUCCGAUUAUCGAAGUCGAUCCACGGGGCAGUGGAUCACAAGACGCUCCCAUAGUCAUCGCUGGACUCCCAGAAGCUCCAGGUUUUAUGCAAUGGUAUGAUUCUUCUAAGCAGAAAUUGCUCGGAAGUCUAGAGGUAGCUCCAUUCAACAGGGUGAGCAGAACAGAAUCGGACGAGAGCUCACUGCCUGUACCAUCGGUCACGUCACAUGCAUUCAGCGACAACGGAAAUGAUUUGAUCACGUUGGAAGAAAGUAUGACAGAAAAUGAAUAUGUUGGGGCGCAUGAUUCAGAUGGUACCAAUAACCACGGAAUUGUGUCUACCAUUCGUUUUUGGUCAUGGAACAAUGCGUCAACUUCCACUCAGGCGCAACUACCGUACACUCUUAGAGCUGCAAUGACUUAUCCUCACGGUCCAAAGAAUCGUGUUUCUGCUCUUGCAAUAGCCAAGACUGGUCUUGUGGCUUGUACAGUUAGUAAUGAUGAAAAGGCAUUUCGGAUCUGGAACCGAGCGAAGAGCGAGCGAGGGAGUGCCGAACCGGCUUCGUGGACGUGUCGUUACAAAGUGACUAUUCCUGCAGGCUUCUCCAAUUUUGAAACUAUGAAGGGGGGCGUCGCUUUCUCUGAAGAUGGGUCAGUUCUGGCACUAAGCUUCGGUGGGAUGGUCACUCUUUGGGAAUCGGAGGAAGCAAGAUACCUGACGACUAUACGGCACUUGGAUGAUAUCAAUAAUUCCAGCAUUGAUCUUGUCCAAUUUGUAAGUUUUGGAGGACUUCAUGACUUGUUGCUGGUGAAGUCACCUUCUGGUGUUUCAUUGCAAUCUCCCUUCCCGCAAAACGCGAGCUUUACUGGUUGGUGCUGGGGCAUUCCAGCAGAGGCGAAAGGUAUCUCCGUGAAAGAUGCAGCUCUUGCAGCGUCUGCCAACUGCCUCGCCGUCGCACUCUUUGAUUCGAACAAGCAGCAGAGUCGAAUCGUUCUUAUUGAUGCUGCAUCUGGAAAUGCAGGUAUUAAAACUGAGUCCAUGCACAAUGUAAAGCUCAUAGGCAAAAUUGAUGGGUGCAUCAUGUCGCUAUGUUCCACCAGCGCGGAACCCUCUGCUUGGGACAAUGCGGCAUCUACGAAAACACUCGAUUUCUUUGCUUUGACCUCAAGGGGUACACUGCUUAAGUUUACGGAUGCCGUCAGCGAGUCCGCUACUACAACGUUAGUCCAUGCAGCAGGAAGAACCGAAUCCGGUGGACCCAGACUUGGAAUCGAACGUGGCGACCUCAAACGUGAACGCCUUGGCUAUUAUGGCUUGAUGUCGGAUGCAUCGGAGAAAAGGAAAACUGCCGCUGAGAUGUUUGGAAUUACGACUCUUGAUGAUGGCACAACCGUUCGUCCUCUCACAUCAGAUUUACCGACGCUUGAUGAUGACUUUGUAUCGGCCUUUUUACGAAGAAACCUCCGAUGA